CAUUUGCACACUCCAGCGUUGCUGCGUCCUGCGCUAGAUAUAGAGCCUUCAUACUUGUACGUUAACUCAACAACACCUUUUGCUCAAGGUAGAGCGGAGCUGUGGCACAUAGUCUACGAACUUCUCUUCGACCACCCCUUGUGGCAACGCAAAACAGUCAUGUUCGGCCCCGGCGACGACGAGGAGGUCGGCUUCACUAUUAAUGAAAGCUUUGCUGCUCGGUAUCAGAAGAAGAAGCGUCAUGAGGAAAUCACUGACUUACGCCGCAAAUACGGCGACGAAGCCGACGACGACUACCCCGACUCCGAAUCCGCCGAAGAAGAAGACGAAAACGGCGAACUCGUGACCCCCGAAGUCGACGCCCAAAUCAUGAAGACAAUCGCCACCAUCCGCGCGGGCAAACCCGAAGUCUACGACCCGACCAAGAAAUUCUUCUCGGAGGACGAAAUCAACGCCGCCCGGCAGCAGUGGAAGGAGAAGCAGAUUGGGUUGAAGAAGGAGGGGAAGCCGUUCAAACUGAAGGAUUUCCAUCGGAGGGAGUUGUUGUUGGAGGGGGCGGCCAGGGGGAAUGGUGGUGGUGAGGAGGAGGAGGAUGAGGAUGAGGGUUUCAGGGUGAAGUCGGAGGGCGGAUUGACGUUCUCGGAAGAGCAGGCACGGUUGAAGGAUGAGUUUAAAUCAGCUCUGAAGGAUAAUGAGGAUGAUGAGGAUGAUGAGUUUAUGUCGCUGAGGGUGAAGACGGAGGAGGAUAAGAAGAGGGAGGAGGAGGAGUACCGCAAGUUUUUGUUGGAGAAUUUGUCUUCUGAAGGUGGCCAGGGGCUCCAAGAUUUCAGAGACUACAACUCGAUCAAACCACAGGAUCCGGACGAAGCGUUUUUGAUGGAAUACGUGCUAAAUCGCGGAUGGGUGGACAAAGACGCCAUCAGUGUUCCGACAUAUGAGGACGUUGUGGAUCUCAGUGGUGACGAAGAGGCGGUAGAAACAGCAGAAGACUUUGAGCGGACGCAUAACUUCCGUUUCGAAGAAGAGGGCUCCACCAACAUCGUAACCCACGCCCGCGACAUCGAAGGCACCCUCCGCCGCAAAGACGACAAACGCAAGAAACAACGCGAUGCCAAAAAAGAACGUCAAGAAGAAGACAAAGCGCGCAAAGCCGAAGAGCUCAAACGGCUCAAGAACCUCAAAAAGGAAGAAAUCCGCAAACGUCUCGAAGCCAUCCGCGAUGUCGCGGGUGUCGGGGGUGGGAACGGGGGGAGUACCGGCGUGUUUGGGCUGGAUGAGGUGGAUCUGGAGAAGGAGUUUGACCCGGAGGAGUUUGAUCGAAAAAUGGCGCAGGCGUUCGAUGACCGUUAUUAUGACCAGAAUGAGGGGGAUGCGGAGAAACCGGUGUUUACAGACGAUAUAGAUAUCUCGGAUAUCUUGCCUGACAAUGGGCUGCCGAAGUUCAAGGAGGAGAUGAUGGAUGGGGGGUGGGAUGAGUCGGCGCAGAAUGGGGAGGAGUGGGACGGGGCAGAGGAGGGGUAUGAGGGGUAUGAGGAGGAGUGGGAUGGCCAGGAAGCGAACCAGGGCGAUGACGAGAAUUUCAUCAUGGACGCGGAUUACCUCCCCGGCGGCGAAGUCUACGGCUCAGCGCUGAAACGUAAAUCCAGAAAGGACAAAAAGAAAGGCAAACGCGGCGACGACGAAUCCGAAGAACACCCAGCAGCAGCCGACGGCGAAGCCACCAAAAAAUCUCUCUCACAAUACAUGGACGAAGUCUACCAACUCGACUACGAAGACAUGAUCGGCGACUUGCCCACACGUUUUAAGUACCGCCAAGUCGACCAGCAAGACUACGGGCUCACACCGCUCGAGAUCCUGCUCGCCGACGAUGCGGACCUGAAUGAAUUGGUUGGGUUAAAGAAAUUGGCGCCGUUUAGGAGGAAGGAGUUGGUGGAGCAGGAUUUGGCUAAGUUUUCGAAGAGUAGGAAGAAGAGGUUGAGGGAGUUCAGGAAGAAGUUAGAGGCGAAGGUUGCGCCUGUUUUGCCGGUUAAGAAGACGGAGAAGGGGAAGAAGGGGAUGGAUAAAGGGGGGAAGAAGAGGAAACAGACGGAGGGAGAGAAAGGUGAUGAGAAGGCCGCUGCUUCGAAUGAGGUGAAGGAGGCAGCGGCGCUGGUUGCGCAGCAGCCAGAAGAAAAAACUCCGUCGUCCAAGAAGCGGAAGGAGGACAACCCCACGGCGACCGACAUCCCCACUGCCACCACAUCCGAAUCAAAACCAGACGCACCACCAGCCGCCUCCACCUCCUCAGAUGCAAAUCCGAAAAAGGACAAAAAGAAGCACAAGAAACCCCGCAUCACGGAGGACCGGCUGGCGUCGUAUCAAAUGCCGAAUAAAAAGAAGAAGUAGGGUGGACGGGCGGAGUUGGUCGUUGGGAGAGGAGUGUCUCUGUAACUUCAUUCACUUUGCAUAUAGUCGUAGUCUUAUCGUUAGCAUUCAUUCACGUAAAUUAUAUCAUAGGUCUGGUUUGCAUCGUGUUGCUGCGUGGCUUGUUUUCCGGUCGUCCAUGGGGUCUGUGGUCUGCUGCACAUUUUAGUCUAAUUUUCAAAGAUUG